GCUCUGGUAUUUAUUUUAUUCGCCGUUACCUCCUCCCUUCCUUCUGAGACAAACCCUAAUCCCAAGCGCCGGCCGCGGAUCGGAUCUCGACACUUCGAAGAGGAGGAGAAGAAGACUUCAGAUAUCGGGGUCUCAAACUCAUCUCUCCACUCACACUCUUUAAACCCGGGCACCGGGAGCCUGCAGCAAACUCAUCUUCAUUCAGCUUAUUGGUACGAUAUUAGGGUUUGAGUUCUCCUUCUUCUUCUCUCUCUUUAAAUCUCCGGUUGCAAGCAAGAAAGGAAGACUUGCUGGUCGGAGAUCUCGAGAAUGGCGCAGGCCGUGGAGGAGUGGUACAAGCAGAUGCCAAUCAUUACGCGAUCGUAUCUCACCGCCGCUGUCGUCAUCACCGUCGGUUGCUCUCUCGAGAUCAUUUCUCCACUUAAUUUGUAUCUGAACCCAGAGCGUGUAGUUCAGAACUAUGAGGUCUGGCGCCUCGUGACAAACUUCUUAUAUUUCCGGAAAUUGGACUUGGAUUUCCUAUUCCACAUGUUUUUCCUUGCUCGAUACUGCAAGCUACUUGAGGAGAACUCAUUCAGGGGACGGACUGCAGAUUUCUUUUACAUGCUCUUAUUUGGUGCUACAGUUUUAACCGGGAUUGUUCUCAUUGGUGGAAUGAUACCUUAUCUGUCAGAGAGUUUUGCGAGAAUAUUGUUCCUCAGCAAUUCGUUGACCUUCAUGAUGGUCUAUGUCUGGAGCAAACAUAAUCCUUUUAUCCACAUGAGUUUCUUGGGCCUUUUUACUUUCACAGCGGCUUAUUUGCCAUGGGUUCUUCUGGGGUUCUCUAUUCUUGUUGGGAGCAGCACAUGGGUGGAUCUUCUGGGUAUGAUAGCAGGUCAUGCUUAUUAUUUCCUUGAAGAUGUCUAUCCAAGUAUCUCAGGCCGUCGCCCCCUGAAGACCCCUUCAUUCAUAAAAGCACUUUUUGCAGAUGAGACUGUCGUUGUCGCCCAACAACCUAAUGCGCCAUUUGCUCCUCCAGCACGAGAUUUACAUCAAGAUUGAUUGUGAAGAUCAAGCUGAUAUCUUCGAGGUUUUACUGCAAUGCUGUUCCCGCCAUAUACGAGGGAUCUAUCGCUAAUGCGAAACGUAUCACCCCUUUAUUCUGACAGAUAGUAUAUAGAGGCAUGUUAUGUAACUCUGUUAUGUUUGCACAGAAAUGAAAUUGUGAAAUUCAACUCUUGGUAGCUUUAUAGUAAAUGAUUCAGUUAGCAUCUCUUGCAAUUGUAAUAGUUGGUUUUAAUGGCCUUGUGCAUUGUUGGAAGUCCAUGGCAAUUGGGUUGUUUCUUUGUGAAAUCAAAACAUACUCAUGUUGUUAGCUACAGCA